GACGUGACCUUUGAUUAAUGUAAUGAUGCGGUCGUGUGAUUUAAAACGUUAUUAAACGACGCGACGCUGCUUUUUUUUUUACUUUUCUCUUCAUUUCGCGUUUCUAACAUGGAGGCCCAGGCUCCCCUGGCGCUCAGUGACCUCUGCCUGGCUCAGGUGUGCAGCAGCCUGGAUGCUCUGUGCUCCGUGCGGGCGGAUGGAUCCAUGAGCCUCAUCUGGGCCCCGCUGUUCCCACAGGAGAUGGCCGACCAGCUCCUGCUUAAAAUGGCAGAGAAAGGUAUACUGAAUGACACCAGUAUUGGGAUUUUUCAGAACUGCAAAGAGCUGCGCCUUCGCAGAGCCUCGAUCCGCGGCUGUCCGCUGUCCGCCGAGGCCUUCCAUACGACCAUCUGUCCACACCGACUCCUGGAACUCGAUGCCUCCCGGGUGUCUGGGGGUCUCACUGGGGCGGACGUUGUCUCGGGCUUGUCCUCCAGCCCGGAGUGCAGGUCUGGUCUGCAGAGGCUGUCCCUGAGCGGGCUACAGCUGGACUGGGAGUCCCUGGAGGAGGAGGGUGUGGCCCGUGUUGGCUUCAGCUCCCUCCAGGGCCUCAGGGCUCUCAACCUUUCCAACACAGACACGAGUGAUGCUGUCCUUGAAGAUAUCUGUAAUCUCCCCCACCUGGAGACUCUUGAUAUUUCCUGCACUCCUGUUUCACAGCUUACUGCCCUCACAGGGUGCAGAAACACCCUGAGAGCUCUGGUUGCCCACAGGCUGCGGCAGCUGGAUAUGCCACCUGCCAGUCUGCUCUUUGUCUUCAGCCACCUGAACGCUCUCAGACAUCUGGACUUCUCAGACGACCACUUUGCUGAGGACGACGGUGACGGCAGAGACGGAGACGAGGUGGUGCGGCAGCUUCUGGAGGGGAGUCCCCAGCUCCUCCCUUCGCUGGUCUCCUUAGAUCUGUCCGGGAGGAAGAGAGUCAGUGAGGAUGCCAUCAGAGCCUUCGUGGAGUCCAGGAAGAGCCUGAUUUUCAUGGGCUUGCUCGCCACCGGGGUCAGCGCCUGUGAUGCCGUUUCUUCACAGAAGAAUCUGAAAGUAACUGGAGAAGCUAACGAGGACCAGGUGUGUGAGGCACUCGGCAGGUACGGAGAGCGGGAGUGCUUCGUCCGAGAGGCGCUGGUCCAUCUCUACAACCUGACCACCGACGCCGGCCAGCCGCAGCCCGACAUGCUGAAGCUGGUGGUGAGCGGGAUGCGGAGCCACGCCACGUCCCUGCAUGUCCACCUGGUGGCGACGGCGUGCGUCUUCAACCUGACCACUCAGGACCUGGCAGAGGCCAUGCCCGUCCGGCUGCUGAGCUCCACCGUCACGCAGCUGCUGCACGCCAUGAAGACCUUCCCCAGGCACCAGCAGGUGCAGAAGAACUGUCUGCUGGCGCUCUGCAGCGACUACAUCCUCCAGGAUGUUCCCUUUGACAAGUAUUUAGCAGCCACGCUGGUGAUUAACUGGCUGAGCAGCCACGAGGACCCGACCCUGCAGAGGAUGGCUGUGGCCGUCAUCUCCAUUCUGGUGGCCAAGUUGUCUACAGAGGAGACGGCAAAGCUCAGCAAGGACGUCUUCAUCAUGAAGCAGCUGCUCGCCAUCGUGCAGCAGAAAGCCAUGGUGGGAGUCGUGGACUCCACUCUGAAGUUUGCGCUGAGCGCUCUGUGGAACCUGACGGACGAGAUGCCGGCAGCAGCCCGCAACUUCAUCCAGUGCCAGGGCCUGGAGCUGUACGAGGAGGUUCUGGAGUCGUACUAUAAUGAACCUUCCAUUCAGCAGAAAGUUCUGGGCCUUCUCAACAACAUAUCGGAGGUGGAGGAGUUGCAGAGCGACCUGAUGGAGGAGGAUCUUCUGGAGCACAUUCUCAGCCUCCUGAAGGACCCCCAGCUGGAGGUGGGGGUCCGCUACUUUGCAGGUGGCAUUCUGGCACAGAUCGCCUCCAGACCCGAGGUCUGGAUGCUGGACGAAGAGCUGCGCGGCGCCGUCCUUCAGCAGCUGCAUGAAUCCAUAACAACAUGGACACAGCCCGAGAGAGAAAUGGUGUCCUACAGGUCAUUUCAUCCGUUUUGCCCUCUGCUGCAGACCCGGCAGCCCCCGGGGGUCCAGCUGUGGGCGGUCUGGGCCAUACAUCUGGUCUGCAGUCAAAACACCUCACAUUACUGCAGCAUGUUGGAGAAAGAGGGCCUGACUGAACUUCUGAAAGCCUUGGCCUCACAUCCCGACACACACGGCGACGUUAGAGGACUUUCAGACGGAAUAUUGCGUUUGGUAGAGCAGCAUCAGAGUCUCCCGGGAGCCUUCAAGAACCAGACUCCAAACUCCUGACAGGACGCGGCUUUGAUUUAAU